AGUGUGGGAGCUACUGCGGGCGCGCGCGGUAGCUGAGGUGCGGCGUGGGGCUGCCAGGCCGCGCCAGGCAGGUUGCUUGCAGGUUUCCCUGGGCAAGUGACAGGAUGCAGCACGCGGCGGCGCUGGCUCGGCGGGGCUGCAGGCUCCGGACUCCGGGCUCCUGGAGCCGAAGUCAGAGCAGCGUAGCCGUGGAGGCCUCGGCGAUGCUCAAGGUGCGGCCCGAGCGGAGCCCGCGCGAGCGCAUCCUCACGCUCGAGUCCAUGAACCCGCAGGUGAAGGCUGUGGAGUACGCGGUGCGGGGACCCAUCGUGCUCAAGGCCGGAGAGAUCGAACUGGAAUUGCAGCGGGGUAUCAAAAAACCAUUUACUGAGGUCAUCCGUGCCAACAUCGGGGAUGCCCAUGCCAUGGGCCAGCAGCCAAUCACCUUCCUCCGACAGGUGAUGGCACUCUGCACCUACCCUAACCUGUUGGACAGCCCCAGCUUCCCAGAAGAUGCUAAGAAACGCGCCCGGAGGAUCCUACAGGCUUGUGGUGGGAACAGCCUGGGGGCUUACAGUGCUAGCCAGGGUGUCAACUGCAUCCGUGAAGACGUGGCUGCCUACAUCACCAGGAGAGAUGGCGGCGUGCCUGCAGACCCUGAUAAUAUUUACCUGACAACUGGAGCUAGCGACGGCAUUUCCACGAUCCUGAAGAUCCUUGUCUCCGGGGGCGGCAAGUCCCGGACAGGCGUGCUGGUCCCCAUCCCGCAGUACCCCCUCUACUCAGCUGUCAUCUCCGAGCUCGAUGCCAUCCAGGUGAACUAUUACCUAGAUGAGGACAAUUGCUGGGCCCUGAAUGUGAACGAGCUCCGGCGUGCUGUGCGGGAGGCCAAAGAGCACUGUGACCCCAAGGUGCUCUGCAUCAUCAACCCCGGGAACCCCACAGGUCAGGUGCAAAGCAGAAAGUGCAUCGAAGACGUGAUUCACUUUGCUUGGGAAGAGAAGCUCUUUCUCCUGGCUGAUGAGGUGUACCAAGACAACGUGUACUCUCCAGACUGCAGAUUCCACUCCUUCAAGAAGGUGCUUUACGAGAUGGGACCCGAGUAUUCCGGCAACGUGGAGCUGGCCUCCUUCCACUCCACCUCCAAGGGCUACAUGGGCGAGUGUGGCUACAGAGGCGGCUACAUGGAGGUGAUAAACCUGCACCCUGAAAUCAAGGGCCAGCUGGUGAAGCUGCUGUCAGUGCGACUAUGCCCCCCAGUGUCCGGGCAGGCUGCCAUGGACAUUGUUGUGAACCCCCCAGUGCCGGGAGAGGAGUCCUUUGAGCAGUUCAGCAGGGAGAAGGAGUCUGUCCUGGGUAAUCUGGCCAAAAAGGCUAAGCUGACAGAGGACUUGUUUAACCAAGUCCCAGGAAUUCACUGCAAUCCCUUGCAGGGAGCCAUGUAUGCAUUUCCUCGGAUCUUCAUCCCAGCCAAAGCCAUCGAAGCAGCUCAGACUCAUACAAUGGCCCCAGACAUGUUCUACUGCAUGAAGCUACUUGAGGAAACUGGCAUCUGCGUGGUGCCCGGCAGUGGCUUUGGGCAGAGAAAAGACACUUACCACUUCAGAAUGACCAUCCUGCCUCCAGUGGAGAAGCUGAAGACGGUUUUGCAGAAGGUGAAAGACUUUCAUAUAACGUUUCUGGAGAAGUAUGCCUGAGGAACACCCAAGGCGGCCGAGGGGACCUCCCUCUCAGGCCACCUGGGCCAAACUGAACUCCCCCACCCCGCACCAAGCGACUCUGCCUCAGGCCUCACCGGAGACUUCUUUCUCUGUGCCUUGUGGUUGGGGGCACUUCUCUUCUGAGCAAAUGUGAACUUGUGAUGUCUUGGCGGCCUGCUUUAUGAUGGAACCAAGUAGAAGGAGUCUCAGCUGAUGGCCAAGGUUCUUGGAAUCUUGCUUCCAGGAAGUUCAUUUAGGGUUUCAACAACCAGUAAGAGGAGGAGGUUUCAGAUCUGGAGAAGGCGGGAGGUGCAGGAAAAAUGGAUGGCUUAAUCACGGUUAGGAUUGGGCACUCACCAGUGUCACCCAGGAAAUAAAAUCCUUAGCUGUGGGAAAAUCGACAAGUCGAGCCUGGAUGUCCAUUGGGCUCAGACAAGGCCCAGCAUUCUAGGCUAGAGGCAGGACAAGAGCGACAAGAGCAGUUGUAUAUGGUGUUGGACAGGAUGGAACAGGCACUGAGGACUUCAGCCAAGACGGGAGGGUCCUGCAGGAGAUGAGUGGCUAUGUCUUCCCUUUGGAGUGUACAAGAAGUGGGUGAGGGCCCUGAACACACGGAGGGCUUUGGGUGUAGAAGUCGGUGGGACAUGCUUAGGCUGAGAUCUCAUUUGAGCAGUUGGCCUGGGUACGUCAGCCACUGCUAGCAGCAGCAGGAGCAACGAAAGCCUGACUCGUGUCUGUCCAAUUGUUUCAAGCUGCCUUAGUUCAUUUCUUACCUCUCAAUCGGGUAAAGUACGUGGUAGACCGACUGCUGUAGAGUUUUGUUUCUAGAAGUGUUUUGCCUCCACUCUUUCAACUAUGUCCUCCCAAACUCUGAGUACUACAUACUGUAGCGUCCUGUCAUCAGUCUGGCCAAGCUUGCAACUUCCCCGGCACUGGCCAACCUGCUGAGAGUCUGACCCAGAUACCAGGGAAGUGUCUACAGGCAGCAACAGGCUUCCUCCCAUCUCCUUGGUGGAGAGCCCUCCCACCGACCCAUUUGCCUGCUCCAGUGAGCAGUUAGUGAAGCCUGAGGAGUGAGUGAGCUCAGGAAUCUGGGGGCGGAGCAAGUCCCCAAAUGGAACUGAAGAAGCUGGAGAAAGAAAUCUGAAGAGAGAUUUGGAAGCAGCUUUGAUACUAGAAUUUCCACAGUAGGUCCGUGCAAUAGAAAACGUCAUAUUCUAAUCACUUACGGCGAUGCUGCAGUCCCUCUGCAGAAAGUGGAAACCGUCUCAAAUAACACGAGGGAGUGUUUUGGAACUUGCUUUUCCUUCAUACUGAAAAAGACACCUUCGUGCUGGGUCCACCGCACGCAGAGUGCAGUGUGCCCCAGGGCGCAGGACGUCCGGCUCCGGGCUUCGAAAGAGGAGCAGAGGCCGCUCGGCAUACUCUGUGAAGGAAGGUGACGUGGUAGAAGCUAAUGUAGCUUUUAUAUUUUUGUAACCAUUUUUCAUGGGGAGAGGAGGGAUUAGUAUUUGUAGUCUUAACACGGUCAAUCAUUGUUUUUAUAAAUCUCUGAAUUCAGAUAAAUAACCCCUAAGCACUUUGCAAUGUUUACAUGAUUUUUUAAAUUGAUGCCGUAUACAUUUGACUUGCUCGACAGCAAACAAGAGGUCUGCUUGUCUAGAAGGCUGACUGGGAACACUGAUCUCGGUAGAUGUGGUUUUCUACACACAGAUUCUAUUCUGGUGCCUUCCCUGAUUGGGCACCACCAGAGAGAGCCAGCUGUCCUGUGGGGCCACACUUUGAAUCCGCACCUGUAAUGUUUCCCAUCAUUCAUCCAGGUCAGCAUGGGUGAUCCUGAGAAGCCAUAGGCUGCACUAUACCUCGGGCUUUACUGCCUUGCCCCUGGGGGUCAGGCCAGGUGAUUCUGUUCCGAUGUGUGGCAUUCGCAUGAAGAGCGGACACAGGCCUGCCUGUGCUUGUUUUCCAAUCUGGAUUCUGACAGGCAUCUCUUGACAGUGGUACCUAAUGAUAACGCUACAGGAAAUUUCUAAACAAUAAAAUACAUGUUAAAAAUG